AAUACAAUUCGUCAUAAUCUUUCAUUGAACAAAUGUUUCAAAAAGGUUCCUCGUUCAGAUACGGAAUUAGGACAUUCAACAUCUUCAUCAGCCGCAAGUAAAGGCAAAGGAGGUUAUUGGACAAUUGACCCCGAAUAUAUGUCAGCUUAUCAUGAUGGUGUAUUCGCAAGGGGUGGAGUACAAAAACGUAGACCUGGAGAAGUUGGUUUACAUUCAGGAAUUAAUAAUUCAGGAUUAGGAGAUGAUGAUAGUGCUGGAAGUGACACAUCUCCUUCGGACAGUUUGGGCGGCAGGUUGGUUGACGUGGAUGAUGAUGGGGAGG